AUGAAGACGUUCUAUCUCUUAGUGCUAGGUCUCCUGGCUAUAGGAAGCGCCGUUUCUGCACUUUCCCUACAAUAUCAGCGUCUCCAGUUUCCACUCCUUCUUACUCAAGGGAGCGUUCAGGACUGCGGCUCUCCCGACGACAUUUUCCAUCUUGAAUCUAUCACCGUUACUCCCGAUCCACCAAAACGAGGCGAAAACCUUACGGUAGAUGUGAAGGGGUAUCUCGACGAAGAUGUCGAUGCUGGGGCGUAUGCGGACGUGCGGGUCAAAUUGGGCCUCAUCAAGUUGCUCGACACUAGAAUCAACCUCUGCGAUGAAAUUACGCGAAUCGACAGGGAAUGUCCCAUCGAAAAGGGACCGGUGCACAUCAAUCACACUGUAGAGCUUCCCAGAGAAUUACCCCCGGGCAAGUACCAAGUGUUCAUCGACGUAACAAAUUACGAUGAAAAGCAUGCCGCUUGCCUUAAGGCAGAGUUCCGCUUAUAG